GCCCUGUUUAAAGAGACUGAACUAUAUUAAAGAUAUUUUUGUAUCAAACGGGUAAACAGUUAUCAUUGAAGUCAAUAAGGGAAAUCAGGACUUUAUUUAGAUAUUAACCUCAGGAAUAUUAUGUGAUUAAUUAAAAUGAAAUUUGUGAUUUACUGUAUUAUGAUAUAGAGCCUUACUUGAUCUCAUAUUUAUAGGAUUAUUCAGUGUGUACAAUAUAUCUAAGCUAACUAAUAACUAAACUACCAACUGGAUGCAGUACUCUUUCCUGUCAUUUCAAAUGUGUGUAGGCUUAUGUUAGUGUGUGGAUGCUUAUUCUACUGAGAAAGACCUUGUGGGUUAUAUACCAUAGUAAUUCAGCUGUACAAAAAGUGAUAAACAAAGUAGGUUUAUCUAUUAACACAACAAAUAUUAAUACUCAUUCUUCAGUUAAUAUACUAAGUUCUAGUCUUAAAGGAUCUUGCCAGUAAAUGGCAGUGUUUUUCCUGUGAUUAAAUAAAAGUAGUAUUUCCCUUGUGAUUAGCGUGAAACUGAUAUUUAUUCCGUUGUGUCUGUCAAGAGGAUUUUAAAGCCAGUACUUGUGAUGGUAAUUAAGCUAAGUUAUUGUUCACUUCAUAUCGACGUAUGACUGAAACAGCCAUAAAAAUUGUGACAACAGAAAACGACCAAUGGUGGCAUAUUUUGCUUUAUUUCAUUCUAUAUCUGUGUCCAGUUUGAUUAAUUGUGACUGUACAUUCUUUGAAUUUGAAACAAAAUGUUUGAAUAUUACUGUGACAACGGCAUUUUGUACAAGUAAUAAAUAUUUACCUUAAUGGAGAUUUAUUAGUGGAAUUCUCAAAUUACAGAAAAUAAUUUCAAGUGAAAAUGUGAAAUUUACAAGAUUUUUUUAAAGAAAUAUUUACAUUCAGUUUCAUUCAAGUAACAAUGGAAAAUGUAUUAAAAGAAAAUGUGAAAAACAGUCCUAUCAAAAAACGUAAAGAUCGUGAAAAUAAAAAGCUGAAAGAAAAGGAUAAAAUUUUGCCAACUAUAACAGCUAAUGAUGUUCACAGGGAGCCUGGAGAGGUGGUGUUACUGGCUCCUGCUGGGAGAAAAGGUACAAAAGGGCGAGGGUCUGGUUAUAUCACAAUGAACGAGGAUCAGAUUACGUCUUAUACAAAUGAAGAAGGGAUUUCAUUUAGAGUCAAAGAUUGUGUAUAUAUUGAAAAUAAAAGACCUGAUAAUCCGUUCUUUAUAUGUGCUGUUACCCAGUUCCGUAUGACAAAGAGAGAUACUUUAGUAGUGGAUAUAAAAUGGUAUUUUCGACAUUCCGAGGUUCCAUUCAGUGUUUAUACCCUCCUAGUACAAGAUCGAACGACCGAAAACAAAACUGGUUGUGAUAUAGCAUUAACUGAUCCGUCGAUCAAAUCUCGAGAAUUAUUUAUUUCCGAUGCCUCCGACACAUAUCCUGUUACCUCAUUAAGGGGGAAAUGUAAAGUUAUACAUUACCAAGAUAUUUAUAAAGCCAGGAAUUUUAAAGCGGGUCCUGAUACGUAUUUCUACGUUUUAAGUUAUAGUCCAGAGAGUAAAAGGCUGGCGAAUACUCAAGGGGAGAUUCGGGUAGGCGGUAGCCAUCAGGCCCGCCUACCUGAGUACAAGCCUAAUGUCUCGACCAAUGAUAUGCCAGAAAGGUUGGACAAAUGGGAGGUUAUACGAUGGCGACCUCAGUAUGUCAUGGACGGGGACCUUGUCAUGUACCUACGUGCUGCAAGGAGUAUUGCAGCAUUUGCAGGGCUAUGUGAUGGAGGAUCAACCGAAGAUGGUUGCCAAGCAGCCUCCAUGGAUGAAACAACUUUACAAGCCAUGGAUGUGCUCCAUCGUCAUGACUACGAUACAGGCAAGGCUUUACAAGCUCUAGUGAAAUCUCCAGCACUACGAAGUAUUGAUAAGAAAUGGACAGAAGAUGAUUCGAAACGUUUUGUGAAGGGCUUGAAGCAAUAUGGGAAGAAUUUCUUUAAGAUCAGAAAAGAACUUUUACCUAACAAAGAAACGGGUGAUUUAGUUGAAUUUUAUUAUUUUUGGAAGAAAACGCCUGGUGCAGCAUCGAAUCGUCCUCAUCGAAGACAUAGACGUCCAGGACAUAAACGACAGAUUCCAAGAUCUAACAACCAGACACCAGCGGAUUUGAGUUCAGCAAGUGAAUGUUCUGAUAAUGAUUCUGAUUAUAGUAUUGAAGGCAGUGGUGGUGGAGGACGAGAUAUAACCAACUUUCCUAUUAACCGUAAUACCAAUAAUUAUUUCUGUCGUCACUGUAAUACUACAACAUCUAAAGAUUGGCAUCAUGCUGGUAAAGAUAAAAGUCUACUAUGUACAGAUUGUCGAAUGUUCUUUAAGAAAUAUGGCGAGGACCGUCCCCUUGACAGUCCCCAAGAUACAACUAAUACUUUCCUCUUUAAACCUGUAAAGGAAGAGGAAGACGACGAAGACGGGAAGCACAACAUGCGAACACGUCGAAAUAAUAAUAAUACAGGAGGAAAUAAUAAAGGAAAGAAAAAAGAAAGAGGCUGUACAAGUAGUCCCGAUAAUAUUGACGGUAUUAUUAAUGGUAAUUCUGACCCAAGUAAAAACAGUGAUCGUAAAUCUCCGAGUGUAGGUAGCACUUGUAGUAACAGUAGUACAGAUAAAGAAAGUAAAGACAGCAAUAUAAGCGACAAGAAGGAAGACAGUGAGAAAUCAUUAAAGAGGCACAAUAUAACUGAGAGUGAAACAAAAGCUAAAAAGAAAAAAUCUCAGGACCGCUCUGAUUGUGACUCAGUAUCCGAUUCUAGUAGUAUAUCAGGUAAUGAUGAUAUAGGUAAUGAUGUUGAUGAAGAUGACAAUAAUCAGGACGAACUAAGUUCCAGUACACCUCCAACAACUCCAACACCAUCUGAGGUCGAUUAUCAGCCACUAAAAGAUUUGGUGAAACCUGAACCCCAGCAUCCAGUACAAUCACCACUGCAUAUAGCUCAUACUCUUCCACCAAAACCUCUUCACAUGCCAGAACCUCAUCACUAUCCUUCAUUACCAAUACCACAGUCAUCGCAACAUAGUUCCUUCCAUCAUCCACAUUUACCUGAAACAUCUUUACCACUACCGCCAACAACCUCGGCCCCUUUACAGACUCAACAUCCGAAGCCAGAAGAAAUGGUGGACAAGAAACCAGAUAUUGCAUCGUUGCAGCAAUACACAGCGAUGUAUCCCCUCGCCCCAACACAUGCAACGCAACCAGGUGGUCCACCGCCGAUACCAGGGUUGAUACCUAUAAAAAAGGAACCCUUGUCCCCACGCCACCAUGUGGCUUCAGCGUGGAAGGAAGUGAAGAAUGACUCUGAUAUUCCAAAUAAUGUGACAAAUAAAUUCCCUUCGCAUCGGGAAAAUUCAUUCACUGGAUUACCAUAUCCAUCGCAUUCUAUAAGUAGUGUUUCCACGGCAGCACAUGGAGGUGCUUUACCGGAAGAUAAACCAGAGAGGCGUGAAACUGAAAUUGUUAAACCUAUACAUCAUGUAGCUCCAUCAUCUAUAGCAUCAAUACCACCUCAUCAACACCUACCACAAGACAUGUCACUACAAUCUAAUUUAUUUAACCCUCGCCCAGCUAUACCCGAACUUAAACCAACACCAGUAUCAAGCAGCAGCAGCAGCAGCAGUAAAGACACAACAACGAUGACAGCUCCUCCUAUGACAGUCACGGUCGAUCCAGAUGAUGAUGAUGACACUGACCUCCGACCUCCUAGUCCUGACACGGAACCCCCUACUCCUUGUAACAAGGAAUUUCAUAAAAGUGCUUCAGCUAUAUUUAUUCAGAUAUUAAAUCGUGGUAAAAACUCAUGUUCUCGUUCUGAUUAUGUAUUUAAACCUCUACCCGAUUCUAAACUAGCUAAGAAACGUGAAGAUCGGGAGAAGAAAACAGCUCAUGUUCAACCAAUGAAAGAAGAGAAGAAGAGAAUGGAGACUCCACCAAGAACGACAUCUGCAGACGCUCAAGUUACAAGUAGUAUAUCUCAUUCCCAGCAUUCAUCGGGCUAUAGUGAACGUCAUACACCCCAUCCAUACAGCGAUACACCAGCUCUACGACAAUUACAUGAAUAUGCUAGACCCCAUGCCAUGGGUCAAGAUAUGCGAUCACCAUAUGGUAUGGGAAUGCAUUCACCAAUGGAUCCUUUCUACAGAUUAGCCUUAUAUCCACCCGGUUCGAGAGAAAGGUUGGAGUUGGAAUUAGAAAGAGAUAAACGUGAACGUGAUGCAAGAGAAAGGGAGUUAAGGGAACGAGAGUUACGUGAAAUAGAAUUACGUGAAAAAAUGAAGGCAGAGAUGGAAAUGAAACCACCAGGACUCGACAGACUUUUACCUCCAGGAGCUAAUCCUCUAGAUCCUCAUUGGUUAGAAUUACAGCGUCGAUAUGGUUAUCCUCCGGGAAUGGCAAUGGUUGGUCAUCCAGGAGCAUCUGGUUCUGGGGGUCACAUCCCAGGAGUUUAUCCUCCAACUAGUCUAGCUAAUGAUCUCAUGCAAAGGGAACGGGAAAAACUUGAACGAUUAGGUAUACCAUCUGGUCUUCAUCAAAUGAACCCAGAAGCAGCAGGACCACCACCCGCAGGCUACCCGUAUGGUCAGGGUAUGAUGGAUCGUCUUCAAGCCGAGAGAUUACAGGUAGAACAACUCUCUAUGUCAGGAGAUCCAGUCGCCAGGAUGCAACAGAUGGGGAUGGCGUCGCGAGCUGCCGCAGCUUUGGCAGCACAUCACACGCACGCGCAUUCACACACACACCUACACCUACACCAACAACAGGACCGUCUGCUGGGACUACAACAACUAGCAGCCAACCACGCCCUAUAUCCCAACAUGCAACCGCCACCAGGAGCUGAUCCAUUAACUGGUUUACCCUCUACAAGUGGUUCUGGUUCAAAUCCAGCUAUUUCAUUAGCUGGUGUACCUCCCCCUGUAUCACAAGCAUUAUUAUCACAGUGUAAUAGUAGGGACCAGGAAUUAUUACAGAGGGAACUGUAUAACCGUGCUGCGUACAUGGAUCCUGCACUAGCUCAUCAGUUAUCAGCACAGGCGGCUCAUCAUGAAGCGUUACAGAGACACAUGUUAGAGCGUGAUCGAUUUGGUGCCUCAGGCCAUUUACCACAUUAGCCAAUCAAAUACCAUUUUACAUCAUCACAAAUCAUAUAACCAGCAUCUUCAUAGACAAGUGUUCAUUAUGAAACAAAACUUUAUCAAAUUGACUGAAAUAUCAUUUGAACUCGAAUGUGUUCGAUGUGAGGAUAUUUUCAGAAACAUAAAAAGUGUUCAUGAAUUUGUGUGAAAAGACCCUUUAUUUAUAUAUUUAUGCAGACCAACUUUAUAUAUAAUAAAUUAUAACCGCGGGUGAAAGUUCCUGCGACAAACACAUAUAGUUUCAAUAUAUAGAAGGAUAAUGGAAUGAUGUUAAUAGUGUAAAUUUAAUUCUUGAGUUUAAUAUUUAUAUGUUCAUGGAUAUUGGUGGAUAAUAGAACAACAACAGUUUUAUUUAUUCAAAAAAUAUAAACAUUCACGUAAUUGAAUAAUUGCUUGUGUUGAUACUUCAAAGAAAAUGAAAUGGCAUGAGAGGAAACAUGGAGCAAAUCCAUUGAGAAUUAAAAACAAAACAAAGUUCUUGAUGUGAUUAUCAAUAGUAUGUAAAUUGAAACUGGAGGAAUAGACUAUUUAUAGAAUAGUUACAUAACAUUCUUUCAAAUCUUCAUAUAAAAUGUCAUCACCGGACAUUUACGUACUAUUAUUUGUUUAUAUGAGGCUGCAAAUUUUACAAUCAUUUAUUGUAAAUUUUUAUAUUUGUAACUUGGUGGUGACUUUACAAUUACAUACUUCACAAAGAUCAAAUGCUGGAACAUAGUGUUUUAACGAAAUGUGUUGUCAUUUGAUUGUCAAAAUGUGCUAACUAAUGGUGUAGACUACCCCUAUAGGAAUUCAUUCAGUCUUGUAUUGUGUGAAAGGUCUGAAAGUCAAACCAUAGACAUGGUAAUAGAAGAGAACAGAUUAUUUACACCAAAAAAUUUGGUCUUAACAGAACACCUACAAAUAAUAAACACUAUAAGGUGAUUAUUCUAUGAUGAGUGAUUAAUAUCAAGGGUUAUUUCCCUUUUGAUACAAAACUGUAGUUUGUGUUUACUGUACAUGAUAAAUUGAGGUGAAAAUGACGAAUUAAGAAACUUUUAUUGUGCUAAAUCCAUAUUACUUCAUCAAAAGUAUGCUUCUUUUAAAAACUCAUCACAUAAAUUAAUUUUGUGAGUUUGAAAGCAGGUAAAGUGAGAAAAAAAUGGCAAUAUUUGUCAACAUUCAGCAAACAUCAUUCAACAUAGAUACAUUGAUUGAAGUGGAAGUAUUAUUUCUAUGUUUUCAUAUUUUAUAAAUUAAUUGGUAGUAAAAGUCAUAUUGUCUGUGAAGUUGUGUGUUCAUUCAUUGUAAACUUUUACGUGAUGUAUAUAUUUCAUGUAAGGGGCAGGAUUAGGGUCAACAUUUCUAUUAGCACACAUGUAUUACACUUGUAUAAAUAUGUUUUUAUCAGAGUUAUGCAAUAUUCAGUUAGAGAGUGUUGUUAACAAUCAUUAAAUGUUUUGGUAAAAAUUUUACAAUGUCAUUUAAUGCCUAAUACAAAUUACUAUUGUAUUCAAAUUGAAACAAGCUCCUGUUUAUUCUUUUAAAAAAAGUUUAUUUAAUAAUUCUUAGGGUUAAGUUAGUAAAGCCCAAUACGGCAAUAAGUAAAUUUCAUUUUCAUUUAAAUUAAAAAUAUUAGAAAUAAAACUUAGUCAUUUGGUGAUUUCAUAUGAUUUUAUAUAGAACUUUUUCUUUGCGGGAUUGGGGGGGGGGGGGGAGAAUCUUCAGAUUGGUUACAUUUUAAUACUAUUUUUCUAAUGCAGGAUAACUUUCGGAGCUUCAUACGAAAUAUUUAAAACCUAAGCAGAUAAAUAAAAAAAGAUUAAAAUAUGUUUUAGUCUUCCUGCUCCUAUGCAAAUAUGUCUACAUUUAUAGUCAAAUUAUGUUUACCAAAAUAAAUCUGUUGCAAGGUAAAAAAAAAUGUAUUAAAUUAGGAUGCAAUAAUUUUGAGUUAGAUAAAAAAUGUAAGUUUUCAGACACAAUUUCGGCUUGCGUGAUCAAAACUAUCUCUGAAUUAAACAAAUUGAAGACAUUUUAUUUUCUCUGUAUGAAUAGGAUUCCCUUCCCUUAACAUGUUGUACUGGUAUUAAUAUCUUCACAAUAUUUUUUCAAAUCUCAUCAAUUUCAGUAUUUUUUAACAUAUAAAUACUGAAAUAUAUUUAUAAUAUUAUUUAUAAAGCUUAUAACGUAACUUUAGCAAGGUAAACCAAGUAGGCAGCAUAUGCAGUUGUAAUUUGUUCCGUUAUGCUUUGUGUGUGUGACUGAUAGUCUUGUGUGUACGAUGCUAAUUGCUGUAUUCUGCAAUGUAAACCUGUUAUCAUUACAUUACUUUUUGUCAGCCGGUCCUGUCUUAUAUUUUAUUAUUCUAUCACCCCACCUUUCAUGGCUUUUGAUCUAUGAUAAUCCUGAUUUUGACUACAUGUGUAAAUGUUGCUCUUGGCUUCUAGAUUUAGGAAACAAAAAGUUAUAAAAAUUCUGCUUCCCUGGCACAUAAAACAAUCGGAAUGGAUGUUUGUCUCAUUAAAAACAGGUCUUGUAAACUUAUUGACGUUAAAUGCUCUGUAUCGUUUGGCAGUGAACCACUGAUCUUUCAAGAGUUCAUGAUGGGUGCUAUCAGGUGGUCUUUAGAGUGUUUUAUCACGAAUGGUAUAUGUAUGUAAUCAGCUAUAAUUCUUUUAAAGUUUUGGACAGCAAGAUCUCCAUACAACAGUAGCAAUAUGAUUAGUGUCAUGACUUUUGUACCUUCUGUUCCCCAGGGUUCCACUUCGCAAAGCAUAUGUAUACAUGUGAAUUAAAAACUUUUACUACACUAUUGAACUUGAGUGUACAUAAUUAUAUAUAUGUAUGUAACUUUAAGUCCUGAGCUUUGGCUCAGUUUAGGAGAAAAACAGUAGGACGUUAAACCCCAUUUCAUUUCAUUUCAUUUCCUGAGCUUGGGAAGCUGAUCAGUUUGGACCCAAGCUUCUCCAGACAAAGGUCAUUACUUCUAUUUAGUUGCUUGGAUUUUUAGUAGCCAAUCAGUUUGUUGUCUUUGAUACUUGAAUCUAGAUGUUUUAUUUUACUAGGUCUACUUAAAUAAUUAUUUAAUAAUGAAACCCAGUUAUUACUGCACAACAUUUACAGCUGUUAUUAUCAAGUAUGUGUUAAUUGUAGGCUUUCAUUUGGUAGCAAUCAGACUUGGCAACCAAUCGACAUUGCUAACAAUAAUAUUGGCUUAUGAAAGUGUGUGAAAUAGCUUUAUUUAACAUCCGCUUCCCCCCCCCCCCCCACUGAGGUGAUAUCGCAGACAAAGUAAUUUAAGUAAUUUAACCUUGUAUUUGUAUUUGGAGGAUACCCUAACCCUGGAACUUGAUUGGUCCACAACCCUGGAGAGCAGAAGGUCUUAGAUGAUAAUUUACUAGAGUACUAUGAUUAAGGAAUGGAGGUUAUUUUCAUGCGUGUGUGUUUUCACAUGUCAUUAUGUUAAUUAAUUGAGAUUAUCUAUUAUUGUCAUUUAGUCAGUUCUUAAUUUAUAAACAAAAACAAUGUGUGUAUAAAAGAUGUAUAUAAUUUGUAUGUAUUUGCACGUCUCAUUUUCCCCACCAGUGCACUUUCUCAAUAAACUAUAUACAGUAUAAAACAA